UUGGAAAUUCACUGGAAGUUGAUAAUCAUGAGUAUGUGGAUUUGGAAGAAAAUUUUGCAAAGCUCUCAUCUCCAUCCGAUAUAACAUCAUACAGACCCUGUGGGAAAUGUCCCGACAUAAAUUGUUACGUGUGUACGAUAGACCAUGAAUAUGAUGAAAUUGGAAAAAGUAUUCGAUCACCAAUACUUAAAACCCGAAUCAGAAAGAGUAAUAAUUCAACGAAGAACGAAGAUACACUUGAAAAUUGCGGCCUUGAUGCUUUACUAAAUCCAACAAACGUUACAACGCAAAAACUUUCAGUACAUCACACACCAUCACCUUUCAAAUCUUCAAAUUCUUCAGCAUUUACAACCAUAAAAUCGAUUAAUGCAUUUCCAACAAAUAAAAGUGAGGCGAUUGGAAUAUGUGAACCUAAACUUUGUCCGGAGGAAGGAUGUCCAUUUAAUAUAACAAUAACCGAUAACAUAUGCAAUGAGUUAAAGGAAAAAAAAAGAUGAAAUUGGUCAUAAAAAAUGUCAAGUUGUAAAGUUAGUAAAACAACAUAUGAAUAAAGCAGAACAAUCUUCACCACGACCAUCAUGUCAAUCAUGGCUACGGGCUCCAUGUCAAAAUGUGAACGUAUAUAUUACACCUGCAGCACAUCCAAUCCCAUCCGAUGAAAAUAAAGAGAAAUCGUCUGCCACAAAAGAAGUUAUUCCUCCACCUACAACAGAAGUAAUAAAUCCUCCACCUUUAACUGAAGUAACAACUCCUUCGCCAUUUACAAACCCAAUCAACACAAAUACGUCUUAUGACCCACCACGCAACACAGAAUGGGAAUGUGUAGACCCAAUUUAUGGAUCUCACAACGGACCACAUUAUGCACGUCCCAACGGUCCACAUUAUGAACCACAUUAUGCACAUCAUUCCUUACUACUUCCAUCUAAUCAAUUACAAAGAAUGUUUUCAUCAGAUGGGAAUCCAACAAGUGAUUAUCCAGAAUACGAUGACUCUCAAAGCAGCGAGUCAUUCGAAUUAAAUCCAUCACCAAUAGAACGAUGUCCAUUUGAUGCUUUCACCUUACAUUCAGAUUUAGAACUACACGAACAUUGUCAUUACUUUUUUUAUGUUGCUUUCGCAGUUUUUGCGAUUUGGUUUAUUUUUACGUUUGUAAUUGGUUUUGAUGGUAAUAAUGGAACGUUGUCAUCAUUUUGUCAUAAGUACACUAAACCAUAUUGA